UGAUGUCUCUCUGCUGUGUUACUCUCGCGUAGCGUCGACCGACCGGUGCUUCUUCACCGGCCGAGAAAACUACAACAACACGGUGCAUCUCUUUUCUAUUUAAAAGAAAAUGUGGACUACCGAGCGGUGAAUUAAACAGUAAAAGCGCCACCUCUGCCGGGGGAGGAAAUGCAGGACCAAAGCGGCAAAGCACCACCCGGGAGCCCCGCUGUAGCCGCCGCAAACACAGCGCAGAAUUCAGUUCAUUUGAACGGACAUAGCAUCUCUCAAAAUGGCCACAACCCAUCAGCUGCGCCUGCAGCACAGUCACAAAUUGAAUCCAGACCUUCAAGUCCUGUACCCACUCCAACUGCAGUUAUUCCCAGGGAGCAGUGGGGAGGGAAGUACGAGUUCCUGCUCUCCUGUAUUGGAUAUUGCGUGGGGCUGGGGAACGUGUGGCGGUUCCCCUACCUUUGUUACCGCAAUGGAGGAGGUGUGUUUCUCAUCCCCUACUUCAUUAUGCUCUUUGUUACGGGUGUCCCGCUCUUUCUCAUGGAGCUGAGCUUAGGCCAGUACGGAGCAGCUGGCCCCAUCACUGUGUGGAAAUGCUGCCCUUUACUCAAAGGUAUUGGCAUUGGGAUGCUCUGUGUGUCCACACUGGUGUGUCUUUACUAUAAUGUCAUUAUAGCUUGGACGUUUUAUUACCUGGGCAGCUCCUUCCAGAGCCCUCUGCCCUGGUCUUGUGAUGCUCUAGCCAAUGCAGCACUUUGUGGUAAUGCCACCACUGGCAAUAGCUCCACUGGUAGAGCCCUCAGCCCCACAGAAAUCUUCUGGAAUGAGCAGGUACUGGGUGUAGUACACAGUGAGGGUCUUCACAACCCGGGCCCUGUCCGGUGGCAGUUGGCCCUGUGCCUCCUGGCUGCCUGGAUCAUCAUCUUCCUGUGUAUGCUCAAGGGCAUCCGCAGCUCUGGCAAGGUGGUUUAUGUCACAGCCACCUUCCCAUACUUUGUGCUCAUUGUCCUGAUCAUCAGAGGCGCUACACUGGAGGGCUCUCUUCAGGGUGUUGCUUUCUACCUCACUCCAGACUGGGGCCGAUUAGCCAAUGCACAGGUGUGGAACGACGCAGCCUCACAGAUCUUCUACUCCUUAGGUAUUGGAGUUGGAGGGCUGCUCUCGAUGGCCUCUUACAAUAAGUUCGACAACAACGUCAUCAGGGACACUCUAGUUAUCACCACAGGAAACUGCUGCACCAGCUUCUUUGCAGGAUUUGCCAUAUUCUCAAUCCUGGGUCACAUGGCAUGGAGGAAAGGAGUACCCGUUAGAGAGGUGGCAGAUACAGGUCCUGGUUUGGCCUUUGUUGCUUACCCAGAAGCCCUUGCUCUACUGCCAGGCUCAGUGUUUUGGUCCAUUAUGUUCUUCCUAAUGCUCUUUAUGCUGGGAGUCGAUACACUGUUUGGCAACAUGGAGGGCAUCACCACCGCUGUGCUCGACGAGUUUCCGCAGCUCAGAGGGAACACGCUGCACAAGUCCUUGUUCUUGGGCUUGCUGUGUUUUUGCUUCUACCUGAUGGGUCUCUUGUUGGUGACGAAUGGAGGGAUUUACUGGUUCACUCUCAUUGACUCCUUCAGCACUAGUUUCGGCCUCAUCAUCAUCACCCUCUUCAUGUGCAUUGGCAUCUCCUUCUUCUAUGGAGUCAACCAGUUUUGCCAAGACAUUAUUGAUAUGAUCUGCCACUGCCCUCCCUGGUGCACCAAAGUGCUGCUUUACUUCAAAGCAUGCUGGGUUUUCUUCACGCCAUUUCUUCUGCUGUUCAUCCUGACAUACAUCUUCAUUGAGAUGUACAACACAUCACUUCACUAUGGGUCCUAUGUGUACCCCCGGUGGGGCAAAGCGCUGGGCGUGUGCAUGGGUGCGACCUGCUGUCUACAGAUCCUCAUCUGGGCCAUUGUGGCCAUCUGCAAGGAAACUGGAACACUGAAAGACCGUUUCCAGAAAGCAAUCCGACCUUUGAAUUCCUGGAGAGUGAACAACUUGAACAGCGCGGGGAGAACGGAGGAGCACGUGGAGCCCGAGAGGGUUGAGGCUCCGUUCACUGUCACGCUCACAGACAUGGACUUUACUGCGAUGACAUGGGAGGCGUGAAGCCAGCCGUCGCAGCGUGGAGAGCGGUGAUGAGCGCACAGCGAUGAGCAAACUAUGUUGUUAAGAGAAGGAGGAAUUUAUCAUUAUGUUAUUUGCCCCAGCUUGGAUCUGGUGGCUGAACAGACUGUGAGUCCUGCAGGGCAGUGUGGAUUAUUUGUUUUAUUUAUACUGUUAUGUAUGAUUGAAUAGUGUUUUUUACAUUUUUUAUUUUUUACAGCUUGUAGAAUACAAGGUAACAGCUGAGUCUGGAUCAUCCUCAUCUUAGAUGACAUUGUAGCAUCUUAGAACAUUUAGAUGAGCAUAUUUCUGAUGGUAUUUAUUGUCCUAAUAGUGUAGUGCAAUGAAUUUUCACUGACUGCGGUCAGCAGCAGCUGGAGGACCAGAUUUUGUUUAUCUUGUAGAAGCAGGAGGGACAAAAAAAGCUGCAGAGACUCUUGACUGUAACCCACCACACCACUGAUAGACCAGGAGAAGUGAGCCACAAAUCAUCAGCCUGUCUAACUAAAAUGGUGUUGAUGACACAGCCUCACUAAGUCAGAACCACUUUUAAGUUAUCUUAAUUUUUAAAAUGAACAACUGCUAAAAACAAUUAUUGCUAGAAUGAAUGAAUGAAUUUAAAAAUUGCUUGCCAAAUGAUCUGAUAUUUUUCAAGAUACUGUUUUGUCUGACCGUCUGUAUUUCGCAUGAACAGUUCCUGCAGAUUUCUGCUGAAAAUGUAGCAAUCAAUUUACUCCUAAAAAAGAUUAUAUUGUCACACUUAAAACUACAUUCUGCACUAAUAUUGUGGACAGGCUUUUAAGUGGGACUUUCUGACUAAACUUAGUUAUCCAUAGCAAAAUAUAAUAUAUAACAGAUAGGGUAUCUAUUUACACAUAUAGUAGGCUUCUGUUUUGGUUUUUUUUGUUCACUGGAAUUUUGCUUCCCUCAGUUUCGAAUUUCCAUCCUGCUGUUUAUUAGCAGCUAAUAAACAGCAGGAUGGAAAUUCCUUGGGUCACUGUACAUGAUUGGUUAAAUAUAUUAUAUGUAAAUAUAUUAAAUAUAUAUCAGGAGAGGCAUUCGCCACUUAAAUCUAUUGUCUAUUUGAGGACAUGAUUAUUGUGAUAUCAGUCUUUCUAACUUUUCUCACAACUUCCUGUCACUCUGAUCUAAGGUCCCACUUAUAGAAAACAUCAAAAUUGGUUGUGAAAAUGUUAGCUUUUGGCACAUUGGCUACACUGCUUAACUUAUGAUAUUAAACCUGGGACAUAAAGGAAAGAAUAAUUACAAAAAGACCUCCCCUAGAUGUGACAGCUUACCUGGACACACUGGUCACUGAUUAAUGUGUUGUUUAUUUCCUGAAGCGGCUGCCUAAAAUAGACUGUCCCAGAUGAAUCACAUCUGUUAACCAUACUAAUUGCACUUUUCUCACAGGUUUUGUUGUGUGUGUGUGUGUGUGUGUGUUUUUUUUUUUUUUUUUGUCUAUGUUUAAACAUUUUAUUUGGGGUAACUGAUGAAAAUUCCCCCAUUGUUUUUCAGGCUGUUUACUCAUAAACUGUUUUCAUGGGCGUAUGUGCUCACUAUUGCAUUCAUGUUGCAAAGAAAAAGGCUGUGGAUCUGCCAAAUCUGCACUAGCUGCAUUUUUAAACCGUUUCAAUCACAUUAAACUUUUAAUUCUGUGUAUAUUAAUAUUAAGGGGUGUUGUUUUCUUUCUGUCAAGCAGGAUCACUACUUUAAAACUGUAUUAAGAACAGAAAUUUUUUUAUCAUCCUUUGUUUUAGGAUUGUAUGUCAUGUCAUAAAACUCCUCUUUUGCCUUUUUAACGCCUUGUUGCCAUUCUUGUAUAUAUUGCUGUGCAUAAUGAUUAAAUAUUCUCAAUGUCUUCAUAUCUUAAUUUAA